AUGCCAUCACCUACCUCUGCGCGUGCCAGUGUUCCCCAACGUGGCCACCGGAAGCUCACCAACGCCGAGCGCGGUACCAUCUACGAAACGCUCCUAGCUCACAGCGUAGACGGGACCCUCCCACAUGGAUGCAUCACACGAACAGCUCAAACGUUUGACUGCACGUGGAAAACGAUAUCGAGUGUCUGGACCCGAGUUCGCCUCUCUCUCCGCGAUGGCAGUCUCAAGGCCGAUGUCACGACAAAAUACAGCGGAAAUAUAAAUCGCAAAAUGCUUCGUACUGACGACGAGAUCGAGCGAGCCUUCAAGGCGGUCCCGAUGCACGCACGUCAAACCAUGCGUACGUUGGCGGCUCAAUCAGGCAUCCCGAAGACGACAAUUUUCCGUCACAUGCAACGCGCCAAGACGUUGAAGAGCAAGACGAGCCACUCGAAGCCAUACCUGACAGACGCGAACACCGUGCAACGGAUGCGUCAUGCCGCAUCGUUCCUCAGGCCGUCGCCAAAUGGGACCCUUUUUGACAACAUGCACUCUCAAGUGCAUGAUGAGUUACCCAAGCGCCAGUUGAAAUCCAAGCUUUUCAUCACGAAAGUGAUUUUCCUCGCGGCGGUGGCGCGACCAAGAAAUGACCACAACAAGAAAUGCGUCUUUGACGGGAAGCUUGGCGUGUGGACCUUCAUGGAGACUGCCCUGGCGAAACUGAAUAGCCGGAACCGGCUAAAGGUCCCGACCUAA